UGGGGGCAAAUGUGCGGCUUGCAUGCAAGCCGCGCGCAUCUAUAAGAGUUAGUUUGGAGAUAAGGAGAGCAUAAACUUGGCCUAGCGGACGCCGUCGCUUUGUUAACUGCGGGGAUGGCGGCUUUCGGCAACAUGCAACCCGCCCCCAGACUCCUCCCAUAUCUUUCCCCGCCACGACCGUUAAACAUCCUGAUGUUACCCGAAUCGCCGAAGACCGAUGACAGUUGCGCCUACCGGCUGACGAGCUUGCGACGGCAGGAUUAUUUGGUAUGCCGCAAUGGCCGCAAUGAGCGCAAAGAGCCGCCGGGUGCCUGUGGAGCAACGGCAGAGAACACAACACAGCUGUGACCGCUGCAAGAGCAGAAAGCAAAAGUGUACGACGGCACCUGGCCAGGACAAGUGCAAUCACUGCCUGAAGUAUGGCUAUACCUGCAUCGUCACGAAGCCGCGGAAGCAACGCCUUUAUGGCAGCGUGGAAUCCCAUGGUGUUAGGGUCGCAGUCUUGGAAGGCCUCGUUAAGGGCUUCAUCCCAGAGGCAGACAUCGCGAACGUCGACAGCCUGCAAGAAAUGGGCCGCUCUCUAGGAAUUCCGUUGCCAGAGGGCCAGCCCAGCAGUUCGGAGGUGACCGACGAAAAGGAAAACGAGCAACUGGUCCACGAUUUGCAAGGGCAAAACCAGUACAUCGGACGGUCAAGCUCCUACUUCUUUCAGAUGAAGCUCAGAGCACUGGUCGGCCGAGAUCAGAACAGGCCUGUUGGUCGCAUGUACCUCUUUGGCCCGAAUCCCGCCAAUAGCAGAUCCAACUCAGGCACAGAAAUUGAUUCCAGGCGCCCCCUGGAGACGGUGGACAUACAUUCCAUCGCAAGUCCGUCAUCACCAAGUCUCAUAGGCUCCCCAGAAGCUAUGACGGAGCCAACCGAGAGAUCGACCGUUAUUUCUUUAGUUCGGGCAUUCUUCGACAGAGUCAACAUUGACUUUCCGGUUUUGCACGAAGCCGCAUUCCUUGAACAACUGGAUUCGUGGUUCAAGGACCCAACGAACGUCGACCAUGUGUGGGUCUGUAGCUUCCUCUCUGUCUUGAGCCUUGGUCGCCGACACUGCGAUAUCGACAUCUCGGAGGAGCAAGCGGAUAGGUGGUGGUCCCAUUUCCAGAUCCUACUAUCGAAAGUCAUGUUCACCUCCAGCUUAGCAUCCAUCCAAGCAUUGAUGCUGGCAGCGCUCCACCUCCACAAUACAAACUCCAGGGACGUCUGCUGGACGCUUACUGGUGCGGCUGCUCGAAUUGGGUUCGCCAUCGGACUUCAUCGGGAUGAUAUCGAGACUGACGGCACGCCUCUCAUGCGCGAGAUGCGAAAGAGAGUGUGGUGGACGCUGUACGCGUUUGAGCAGCUGCAAGUUUCUUCCCACGACCGCGAGAGCGCCAUACAGAACGCCAAACACCUUCCCGCUUCUCCACGAGAAGGCACACUGGGUAUGGGCACACAUAACCUACCAGAUUAUGUAGCGUGGUCGAAUCGGCUGUCAUCCCUCCUGGGUACCGCAAAUGCGCUUCCCGAAGGAACGAAAGAAGACUGCCAUGGACCCCUCUCCCCCACGGCAACGCUUCUUCGGGAUCUUACGCGAUGGCGGGCAUCAUUGCCGCCGCAUCUCUCACCGGACGCCAUCGACACCAUGCCAGCACCUUUUCAGCGCUCACUCAUUCUUCUCCACACCCAGUACCACUACACGGUUUCACUGAUAUGUCGUGGCGCUCUGCUCUCUCGGUUUACGUCCUUAUCGAAGGAACGGCCAGUGACACAUUCCGCGUCUCUCGAAACCAUGUCUGAUACCUGUAUCGAAUCAGGACGUGUCUCAUGUCAACUGCUUGUUAAGCUUGACAGUUUCGGCAACUUCAACGCCGUCACCUGGCUGGACGUUUAUUAUCUCUACUCCUCAACCCUCGUUCUGGUACUGAGCCUUCUAUGUGACGUCAGUCGAGGCAGGCUAGAAUCUUGCGUGGAGAAAGAACUGCUUUUGGAUCAGUGUACAAGAGUAGCCUCCAAGCAUUUGGAUAAUUCCAAGGUGCCUGGUACUAUGCAGCGCUGGUUGAGCGUGGUUCGGGAGCUCGCGGGUAUGGUCAGAGAGUCCAUCAACGCCCACGGCCACAGUGACAGUGCGCCAAGCCGCGAAACUAGACAUGAAGCCGCAGAAUGUAGUAGAAGACUAAUGGACGAGCCUUGUCCGGGCUUGAUUACUCCGGGUCAGUCGACAGUCCAAUGCGACGAGCGCGGUACAGAUGUAUUCGCGCCAGGAUUCAAACCGUUCGUCGUGGACGCGCCACAGCUGCCUGAAAUACCGAAUGGAUUGAAUUACGACUUUGUAUUUCCGGCGGAUGAACCUUCAGAGUCUCGCACUUGGCAGGAAAUGUACUGGGAGGAUAUUAGCGACAUGCUCUUAGGUGGAGAAGCGCGGAAUUGGUAUAUGUAAAGUUUGUGGCAUGAAAGCGGGGUUUGAAGCGCGUUACAGCCCAUGGUCCAACUUCUUUGCACGGUAAGGCGGGAUG